AUGGCAGCCAAAAACACCCAACUCCCUAAGAUCGCCUCCCUAACCCGGAUAUCGAUAUCGCCAACCAACCCCGAAGAGGUCACCCAGACACGCAUCAACAGUCCCGAAAGCGAGAGAGGCAACAAUAUCCUACGAAGCCUCUCUGACGAAGAGUUGGCUAGAAAAGCCAUACUUUCCGAAGUUCUCGAUGCUGAGCUUGAAGUCUGUGAUGAACUGAGAGCACAACUCGUUAAGGUCAAGGCAGCAAGUGAGAGUGUCUCUGAAAGCGAGACGGAUAACAACCUUCCCGAAUCUUCCGAGAAAGUCGAUAUGGCUUACCCGGCUCUGCUUGUCGGAAUUCUGGGCGAAGGGAUGGAACUCGUUUCUCAGUUAAGAGCAGAACUCGAUGAGAUGAAGGUAUCAUCCAAGGGUAUCGAAGCGCCCGCCAACAGUCCCGAAAGCGAGACAAGCAACAAUACCUGGGACCGAUUUGGAGAUAGCGAAGAGGCUAUCCAAAGGGCAUUUGCUAGACAAUUUGAACUAGCUUCUCGGGGGGGGAAACAGAGCGAAACACAUCAGAGCAGAACGCAAGACAAUGCUCUGCUACCACAUGAGCAGAUACUCGAGGCUAACAUGCGAGAACUUGAAAUAGCAUCUUCUCAAGCCAAACUCGAGAACUACAUACGAGACCUCGCAGAGGAGUCUUCUCAGGCUAAGCUCGCUAAAUCCCUUCUCGAAGAGGAAGAGGAAUUUUGGGCUGAAACAGAGACCCUGAGUGAGAGUGAUGGCGAAGAGGUUGAUGCUACUUCCAAAAUCAGCAGCGAGGAUAUCGAGGAUGGCUCUCAAGGAUCUACGAGUAGUUCUCGGACGGAGACAGGCAGCAUUACUCCCCAAGCCCAGGAAGAUCUUAUGCGAGAUAUCAUUGAAGAAGCGCCUUGGACUAUUGUACUUACAGCCGAAGAGACUGAGACAGCUGCUCGAAUGGGAUUCCUACCCACUACACCAGGUGGAAGCGAGAGUGGUGAGGUUGAGGGAGUAUCUGACAUCCACGAAGAAAGUGAAAGUGCUGCUGAAGAGGUCGUCACUGUUGUCGCCAAUGAUGAGGAUGCGAAGCUGGAGAAAUUAGCUAUUAUUGAGUCCAUCAUCUCCAACAACAAGGACGUAGAGAACGAGAACGGCGAUCUCGAGAUCGUACUCCCAGAUGACCCGGUCUGCAACAGCGAUUUUGAUGGAUGGACAUACGAUCAAUUUUGGGGCUAUCAACACGAAAUAGCACUAUGUCUAGCCUUGGCCCACUUGAUCGAAGCUCGCAACAUUGCAGCCCGCCAGUCAAGCGGCGAAGCCGUUGUCAUUGGAAGAAAUUUCUUCGUUCCAGAGUCCGAGUCAUAUUUGGAAGAUAUGGCAGAGCUCUAUUACCAUUUCAAUGAAGUCUGUGCAAACAUGUUGGACUUUUGCGAAGAAAACCACUUCCGCUUCGAGACUAAGAAGAAAACCUCACCUGGUCCUCGACUUCCGGCCGGGUUUAGAAAAGCAGAUCCUGAAUCUCGAUCUAAAUUAAGCCGAGAUGAAUUCAGCAAAUUAAUCCAGAGCGGAGAACAUAGUCCGUGGAAGAGCUUGAAGAUUGGGAAGAUUGUUGAAAAUGCGAAGAGAUGGUAUGGCGAAUAUAUUGAGGACAGCGACCUUCACGUUAGCUUCAUAAAACAUGGAUGCUUUGAGAGAGUUGGUCAUUACUGCCGCAGAGGAGUCUGCGACACACUUGACACAUCUCUGAUCAUGGUCUUGUCGCACUUGGAGCGUGCCAAAGAAAAUGCAACCAAAGGUCUCGAAGAAUUAUCGGAGGAUGAUCCAAAGAUCCACGAUGCAACCGGGCACUUGCAAUCACUCACGAACGAGGUUUCGUUUGCUGAGGUGCUUUUGCACCAAUCGAUAGAGUAUGCAAAGUUCAAUGAGCAAUUCAACGAUGAGAGGAUCCAAAAAAUGGCAGAUGCUGUCGAAGCAGGUGAUGGCAUUCAACAUCUACUCCCAAGCAGGGACAGUCCCAGCCAUUGGAAGGACUACACGCACAAAUACACUUGGAAAGCAUAUGACAUGCGGAAAGGGUAUACCGUACAAAGGUUCUUCUACGCCCUGCACAUUGUGAUGGCUUCGGAAGAAGAGUGCGAUGAGUCCUUCCUACCACCGAACUUUCGACAACUUCGGGGCUAUGUGAAGCUUCAAAGAAAUGCCAGCACAGUAUUUGCCAAAGAAUCUAUCGCGGCGCGCCAGUCGGAGCUGCUGAUGCGAGCUGGGUGGGGCCCGCCAUUCUUGCUUGAAGAAGUACACAAUUGGAUCAUAGUAGAAAGGGAACUCUAUGUACCGGAUACAUUGUGUCAUCACACUCCGUUUGCGAACCGCCCUCGAACUCAUGGACUUGGGAUCCAGGUGAUCGACUAUCUCAGCUGUCACCUCUCCUGGUAUGCGCGGACGAAGAAGGAAUUCGGAGUAAAGCCAACAGAUCCAACUUGGGCUUGGCAAAUCAACUUGGCAACAGAACCAUAUGAUAAUGUAGAUCCAGAAUGGCGGCACGACGCUCUAGAUCCUUGCACACAAAUGUACCUGCAGUACCAGAAGGAAGCCGCAAGAGAGGAUGGUCUUGACGAUUACAUGCCACCAGGGUUCAGAAACGCCAGAUCAGAUGAAGAGAGAAAGGCUCUGACAGAAAAGUGGAUUGAAGAGGCCAUUCAGCCCACAGCAGAUUACUUCUUUUCCAAGCAAGGAUGGAAUAUUCCUCCUAAGGGUGUAAGCUCUGUCCGGGCCGAUGCAGUGAGAAAGAAGCUCUUGUCAUGCUCAGCAGUCCGACAACACACUUCGGCCACGAAACGGCAGAAGGAGCAGCUCGCUCAACUUCCAGCGCGACUGAUAAGCGCUCACAGUCAUUAUCAAAACUGUAAAGUUGCAGAAUAUGUUCAGAAAGAAGAGGCAAAGCUCAAUCCACUCAUUGACCAUGGAUUGGCAUUCUUGCUCACCGCAGAAGGCAGCUACGGCACUAGGGGCUUCCGAAAUUCCAGCAGUCCAGCAAUUCGAGGCGCGGCAAGAAAAGCUGUUGAGGAGAAAGAUGGACUUGCCUUGGUUCCAUUUGAAGGCUCUCUCCUUUGUGAUUGUAAGGAUGAAGAACAGCAUAAGCUUCAGCUCAUCGACGAAGUUGCGCGUGCGAUGUGUGAGAAGCUCAACAAGAUUGAUGACCAGAAAGCCGGAGAAAACAACUACCAGGGUGCAACAGCAAAGAAUGGCGAGUAAAGACAAAGAUGGUGAUGUGCAAGGUGUGACCUGAAAUCGAU